AUGAUCGAGCCAGCAUUCGCUCUCCUGAAGUGCCAUGAAGUUAAUCAGGGGGCAGCAGACAUACAUUUGAGACGAGGACCUCAACGAAUUGGGUCCCGUUACAAGAAAGCGGUAUUCCGGGAAUAUACGGACAGUACAUUCACCGUACGAAAACUGCGAAGCAAAUAUCAAACGCAUUAUGGAUUAGCUGGGCCACCAGUUGUCGGCGAAGUCGGCGAUAUAAUUGAGGUAGUCGUCACCAAUCUGGCUACCAGACCGUAUUCGUUUUUGGCUGGUGGGGUUGCAAUGACGAAAGAUAAUGAAGGAGCGUUCUACAAGAAUGCACGUAAAGAUCCUCGUCGAAGUGGCGCUAUUGUUCCUAUUGGUGCUGUUCGCGUUUACAAGUUCGAUGUUCUACAGAACAGUGCUCCCACUCAUAUAGACCCAGAUUGCUUGACCUACCCCUACCAUUCUGCCGUCGACGUACAAAAGGACAUAUAUUCGGGACUGUUUGGUCCCAUGGUCAUUUGCAAGCCAGGAACUUUGACCAAAUCAGGAACUCAGAAACUAUUUGAUCGGGAAUUCUUCCUUAACUGGAUGGUAAUUGAUGAAAACCUUUCUUGGUACAUCGACGAGAAUAUACAAACAUUCACAACAAUGCCAUGGACAGUCAACAAGAAAGACCGGUCGUUCGUAUCUUCCAAUCAAAUGAGAGCAAUCAAUGGCUACUCUUUUGGGACGUUACCCGGUCUUGAUGUUUGUCUUGGAGACCGAGUUGCAUGGCACAUGUACGGACUUGGGGAACGUUUCGACCAUCACCACUUCACAUUUGAUUCCAACAACUUCCAUUCGGAUGGACGACAAGUCGACGCAGCGUCCGUGUUUCCUGGUGUCGGGAUAACAGUCAAAAUGAUCCUUGAUCAAGCUGGUCGUCAUCUUUUGCGCACGGGUCAACUCGGAUACGAGAGUGAAGGGAUGUUUGCAUUUUAUAACGCUCAUGUCUGCUCCCCUGCUUCUCCUAAGAUUGUUCCACAACCAAAACUCGUCCCAAAAGCCAAUGGAAUAACCCGACGAUACUUUAUUGCCGCUGUAGAAGUCGACUGGGACUAUGCUCCCGUGAAAAUACAUCCCCUUACAGGAGAAAGUUUGCUGAACCCAAACAGUUCCUCUUAUUUGUAUAUUCGUGGAGGACCAAACUUCGUCGGCACUAUCUAUAGAAAAGCCAUUUAUAGAAAAUUCACUGAUGUAACAUUCUCAAAAAUGGUACCCCAACGCGAAAGCCUCGGAAUCCUUGGGCCAUAUAUUCGCGGCAACGUUGGCGAUACAAUAGAAGUAUUCUUUAAGAACAUGGCUUCGUUUCCUUUCAAUGUUGUUCCCCGAAACCUUCCAUUUGCCGACGGGUCAGAGAUCAGCUCUGCAUUGCCAACCCUUCCCGGGCAAAUUAAACUUUACCGCUAUAUUGUUCCAGAGAGGUCAGGACCGAAAUUGAAUGAACCAAACUGUGUAGGGUCCAUGUAUACAUCUCGAGUUACUCCUCUUAACGACACAUAUAGUGGGCUACUGGGUCCGGUCGUUAUAUGCAGGCCAGGAAUCCUUGACAUAAACGAUCAAAGGUCGGAUAAAGUGACAACCGAGUUUGCAACUGCCUUUGUCAUUUUUAAUGAAAAUCUUAGUCACUACAGCACUUAUAACUUUGCAACAAGUGCUCCUGGAAGACUAAAUACAUCUGCUACAGACUUUGUAAAUAGUAACUCAAAAAAUUCAAUAAACGGUUUAUUAUACGGAAACCUCCGAGGUUUGGAUUUUGCAAAAGGAGAAAGGACAGCAUGGUACAUAUUUGGUAUGGGCUCGACUUUUGGUAUCCAUACAGUACAUUUCCACGGACAGCUGUACAUCCGCCGGACGUCACAAACAUUACGAGGAGAUGUUCUCGAGGUUUUUGCUGGCACGUACGAAACUGUGGAGAUGGCAGGGCACAAUCCGGGAACGUGGCUUUUCCAUUGUCACGUGAGUCUACACUCAGCUGCUGGCAUGGAAACUGUUUACACAGUCCACCCUAGAAAGCUCAAAGUUUAUGGAAAGAAACACUCACUCAAGCCACGCUAUUACCACCGUGUCUUACAACAGCUUAUGUACUAA